UCUCGAAAUGAAAUCGUCUAUUUUAAUUUAUUUUAAACCUGUGUUGGUGUUGUUAAAAAAAGAAGCUCGAAUUGAAGCACCAAUUGUGGGCAGAUGAUUUUAGGGGGCCCCGAUUCAUGUAGCAAGACAAGAGCAUGAGAUUCAAAAGGUAAUAAUACUCCUGGUACGUAGUUUUAAUUUAUUAUUACGUGAGAAUUCAUGAAUAAUAAUGACAAUAAUUAUUAUUACACAGUUACAAGAGAGAGCCAUUUUUCAAUCACUCUUUGGCAUUUAUGUCGGUGUCCUUGUGUAGGUUGAUUGAAUGACAGGUUGGCCACAGAAAUACUUAGGGUUAAUAUACAUCAUAAAUUUUGUAACAAUAAAAAUGAAUGAAGUACUUUAAUGUCUAUUAAGGGUGUCUGUGAUUUGAGAUAUAAAAGCUCUAUUUAUGAUUAUCUCAUAUCUUGUUUGUGACAUAAUAAAAAAUUCAAAUAAAUCGUAUAAAAUUCUGGGCGUCACAUUUUUAUUUGCACAAUGGUAUAAUUUUAUACAUAAAGGAAUGUGUUAUAAUUUUAUAAGUAUCAUCUUUUGUCAUUCAAAACAAACAAAAAGAUUAUAUUGUCUUAUUUUAAGUGAUAAAUUUAUAUCUUAUUAUAUUAUUUCUCUAUGGCUCUAUUUAGAAGGAUAAAAAGCAAACACACCCCAAAGAUUAUCUUAAUUUUUAAUAUUUAUCAUUAAAGAUCAUAUAUCCAAUGUACUAUAUACUAUCAAACAAAUAUACUUUCCAUAAAUUAUUAUAUGACCAAAACACCUACAAACCUUACAAUUUAGUUGACGAAGAAGCGCAUCUUCUCAGGAAGAUGCUUGCUCCCAAUUAAUAAAUUGGACGUUCGAGUCACUUAAUUUACAUGAGUGUGUAGUCAAUAAUUAGCAUACAUUAAUAAAAUCAAAAUAUAAUAAAAAUCAACAACCAACUAUGUAAAUCUCAAUUCAGUUGAUAAAAUUCUCCCCCUCCGAUCAUUAAAUUGAGAGCUGGAGAGACCAUAAAAGAAAAAUGUAAAACCAUUAUUAAUCCUUAAUCUUCAAUCUUCCUAAAAGUACUUAAAAAAAAAAAACAAAAAAGCACAAUUACCAAUAAAACUAUCUUCCAACCAAGUCCCACCUCCCUUAUCUCUCAAACUCUCAAUAAAUAUCUUGUCUCACCCCCCAUUGAGUUUAUUCACUCACAACACAACCAUAUAAAUACAAGACACCCUAGGUCGCUCUGAGUGUGUGUGUGGAAAUGGAGGUGGUGUUGUUAAGCAGGGUAAUGUUGGUGUUGUUGUUGAGUGUUGUGGGAAGAUGUGAUGUGGACAAGGACAAGGAGAAGUGUGCAAAUGAUCUAGUUGGGCUUGCAACAUGUCUCCCCUAUGUGAGUGGUGAGGCCAAGUCCCCACCAGUAGACUGCUGCACUGGCCUCAAACAAGUCUUGCAAAAGAGCCCCCAAUGCAUCUGCUUGCUCGUAAAAGACAGAAAUGACCCCAGCCUCGGCCUCAAGAUCAAUGCCACCCUCGCCCUCUCUCUCCCCUCCCACUGCCACUCCCCCGCCAACAUCACCGACUGCCCCGCUUUGUUGCAUCUCCCACCAAAUUCGCCUGAUGCUAAGGUCUUUGAGGAUUUUGCAAAUACUGCUCACAAGAGUAAUGCUACUGCACUUGCUGCUGCCGCGAAUUCGUCGAGCGGGAAAACAACAACAGCAGCAGCAACGACGGGAGACGUUAAGAGUGGUGGAGGAAAGAAAAAGAGUUAUUGGUUGGGACUCUUGUUCACAAUGAUGGUGGCUUUUACAAUUUGCCAAACCUUUGAAUUUUCUAGUAUGUAUUUUCGACUUUAUUGAGAGGAGGAAAAGCAGAAAAAGGAAAGACAUAAAUGUUUGUUUAGUUUUGUUUUUUUAAAACCAAUGUUUGUUUAGUUUGUUCUUCAUAUAUCUCUUAUUUCUAACAUUGUGUGUUCCUAAUUUUCAUUAAUAUAAAUUUUUUUUCUUGGGUUUUGCUUGA